AUGGACAAGACACUCACAGUCCUGCAGCUGAGCCUGAGUCACCCAACUCUGGACCCUGCUGCUUUCACCAACGUCCCACUGCAGUGGCAGCAUGAUACCAGCUCACUGCUGAUUGGCUGGGAGCAGGAUGCCCAUCUCCAUCUGAAGCUGCGCCAGCUCUUCCACCAACACCUGUCCCUGGAUCCCCACCUGGAGAAAGGUCUAUUGACCUUCUGACUCAAAGUGCUGAGCCACAAGAGUUGUGGGGUCAACAGGCUGCCACUGAGGUACCUAGAACAAGUACCUGUCAUUAUCAGAAGUGUCUCCUGUGAUGUCCAGGUGAAGGGAGGCCACUCCCUGGAGGCAUUUGUCUGCCACUUCCAUCUCAGCUUGACCCUGAUUUACCAACCCAAGGUUGAAGAGAGUGAUGAGUAG